UCGUGUGCAUGUUAGGCUAUUACCUGUGUAGUUUAUUUUAAAUACAAUAUUUGUGAAGUUAUACCUAUCGCAAUACUGUUGGACCUGAGCUUCCUUUCCUUUGAGAUUGCUUUAAAUUUAAAAUGCUGGGGAAGCUGUCAUCCACAGUGCAGCGCUUCGUUUCAACCUCUUGCAGAUCAGAGGGACUGUUUAAAAUCCACCCUACUGUGAUUAAGGCAAUAUCUGAGCGCCAGCCUGUUUUGGCUCUGGAGAGCACCAUCAUCACACAUGGCAUGCCAUACCCCCAGAACUUGAGCACAGCCAGAGAGGUGGAGGAUAUUGUAAGAGCAGAGGGGGCAACUCCAGCAACAGUGGGCAUUCUGGAGGGAACAGUACACGUAGGUUUAUCCUCAGAUGAGCUUGAGUUUCUUGCCCGCAGUGAAUCGACCCAUAAGGUGUCCAGGAGAGACCUGCCUUAUGUUAUUAGCAAGGGUUUGUCUGGAGGAACCACUGUGUCAGGUACAAUGAUCGCAGCCCAUAAAGCUGGAAUUCCUAUUUUUGUUACUGGAGGUAUUGGUGGAGUACACAGGGAUGGAGAAAAUACCUUGGACAUUAGUGCAGACCUAACUGAAUUGGGCCGCACUCCCAUCGCUGUGGUGUCCGCUGGCAUUAAGUCCAUCCUGGACAUUGGACGCACCCUGGAGUUCCUGGAAACUCAGGGAGUGUGUGUAGCCACAUAUGGAGAGUCAAAGAGUUUCCCAGCCUUCUUCUCUCGUCAGAGUGGAUACACUUCUCCCUACCAUGUGACCAAUGCUAAAGAAGCAGCUGACCUUAUUGUUGUUUUUAAUUUUACAGCAGGUACACUCUCUCUGGGUCUGCAGAGUGGUCUCCUUCUUGCUGUGCCCAUUCCAGAGGAACAUGCUGCUGCUGGACAGCAGAUAGAGGAAGCUAUACAGGCUGCUGUAACAGAGGCCAGACAGAAAGGAAUCAGUGGAAGAGAUGUUACCCCCUUCAUCCUACAGAGAGUCAAUGAGCUUACUAAAGGACAGUCGCUCAGAGCCAAUAUUGCUUUGAUACAUAAUAAUGCCAAGGUUGGCAGUCAGAUUGCUUGUGCCCUUUCGGAACACAUGAAAAAAUGUGAGGAUUAUCCCAAAGGAGGCAGAAGGACUCAGGAAAUGAAGAACCAAAAUCUAAAACAUAAAACUAUCGUUAUUGGAGGUGUCAAUGUUGACUUUAUUGCCAAAGGAACAACAAAGGAGUUUGUGUUUGGACAGACAAACCCAGGAAGUGUCUGCCAGUCCUUUGGAGGAGUGGGUCGUAACAUUGCAGACUGUUUAAGCAGGUUGGACCACAACAUUUUGUUCAUCUCAGCCAUUGGAACCGAUUCUCACAGUGAAGCUGUGCUCAACUACUGUAAGCACAUGGACACUGGUGCAGUUGCAAGACUGCAGGUUCAGAGAACAGCCACCUACUGUGCUGUUAUUACAGAGAGUGGCGAGCUGAGUCUUGGGCUGGGUGACAUGGACAUCCACCAACAAAUCACAGAGAAGUAUGUUUCCAAGUAUGAGGAAAAACUGUCGUCUGCAUCACUUGUGGUUCUUGAUGGCAACGUUCCUGUUUCUACUAUUGACUAUGUAUGCAGUCUUGCCAAGAAAUCUUCAGUCCCAGUGUGGUAUGAACCCACUGAUGCUGAUAAGGCAUGUAAACCGUUCCUGUCAGACAGCUGGAAGGCUCUCACUCACACAUCUCCUAACCUGGCUGAGCUAUGCACCAUGAACCGGACACUCUGUCUGCCUACACCAGAGGUGCUGCCGAGCUCACUGGUGGAAGUAUUGAGCUGUGCAGCAGCUCUUUCUCGCCCCCUGCUGGAGUACCUGCAAUGUGUAGUAGUAACACUGGGUGCACUGGGAGUGCUGGUAUGUGGAGAGCAUCAGGCUGGAACAGUGGGCCUACAGCCCAGAAAACACAAAAGGAGAGGUAGACUGUGUGCUGUGUACUACCCUGCCCUCCCAGUAUGCCCUGAGGAAACAGUUAACGUCUCUGGAGCUGGGGACAGCCUGGCAGGUGGAAUGAUGGCAGGAAUCCUGCAGGGAAAGGACACAGAUACCUGUGUGAGAAUGGGCCUCUUGGCUGCUCGUCUGUCUUUGUUCUCUCCUCACCCCAUCUCUCCAGCUCUGACUGCAGAUGCCAUCUGUCCAGAGAGGGCUUAUACUCAGCCCUGGCCUAAGCCAACAUGCAUGUGGAUGGAGUCUUGAUACAAUGGAUACAAAUGUGAUAUGUCAUGGGAUCCCACUAGUCCAUGAUUUAGGUUUUAGUUCAAUAAAGUCAUAUCUUUAUACUUGAA